AUGAGCAUGUUGGGACACAGCCGCAUAGGACUGGUGGAGUUAGUUAGUGUACGGUGCAAGCUCCGUCAAUAUUUUGAUCGCGCACCUGUGGGUCUCUGCAUCCCCGCCAGCGACGCCUACGCCCUCGCCCCUCCCUUCGCGUCCCGCCUCACAUCCACCAGGUUUGGACAGGAUCGGACGGAAGAAAGGCCUCCGACUCAGAACGUGUGCAUCUGUGGAAAAGUUCUAAUAAAGUGUGGCACCAUAGAGAUGGCGAUCCGAAAGCCAUUUCACCAAGUGAGACAAGCACAAGACCUUCGCCUGGCAAGCCAAGUUAACCCAUUGCAGAGUGUGAUAUUCAUCGUAUUCCUUAUGGCCAACCUAACAGAUUGUCUGCCAUUGGCAGUGAAGAAGACUCAGCACUUGACUCUCAUGCAGACGCUUGCAAUAAUCUUCCCCACCUUCGCAUUGGUCCUAGGCAUUCUUGCAUUCAUAUUUGGUUUCAAGAUGAUGAAGAGGUGGUGGCUGAGGAUAUGGGAGAAGGGGUGGUUCCGACGAGAAACUCCAGCAGUUCGAAGCCCUGCUCUAGUCCAAGGCCCGACUGUAGUUCUCCCACCUCCGGCUCCUAUCCCAGUUCCGUCUCCCGUUAUGGUCCCAGGAGACCACCCUGGAGCAGUCACAAUUGGCAACGACGGCAGACUCCGGGAUUGGAUCUCCUUUACGGCGUUCACAGAGGAGGUGGCUGAGGUCCAACGCCGUGUCGAGACGGAGGCUGAGGAGUGGGAAAUAGAACGUAGAUUGAGCCCGCGGCUAUAA